AUGGCGUUUGGGGCUUCUAUCCGUGGAUAUGCACACAUGAGAACGGUUGUUGCCGUUGAUGGCACGCAUUUGUCCGGCAAGUACGAGGGCGUGCUGUUUUCCACUGUCGUUCAAGAUACGCAGAAUCAUAUUUAUCCCUUAGCGUAUUGUGUGGUGGAUAAGGAGAAUGAUGCGUCGUGGGGCUUCUUCUUUGAGAAGCUUAAGGCCUUUGUCGUCGACGAACCAGAGCUGUGCGUUAUCUCCGACAGACACGUAAGCAUAGCCAACAACCUCACAAGGCAUUAUUUGUUUGCGCAUCACGGUGUUUGUAUGAGGCAUCUCGGUGAAAAUCUCCAAAUAAAUUACCAUUGUUCUGAUUCUCUCUAUUUGUACUACCAUGCGGCCAAGGCGUACGCGUUGAAAGAAUUUAAUGACUACUUCAACGCCCUUAAAGAAAGAUGCCCUAGCGCAACAACUUGCCUCGAGCAUGAAGUUGGAUUUGAAAAGUGGAGCCGGACUCACUUUCCAGGUAAUCGAUUCAAUGUCGUUACCUCAAACAUCGCCGAGUCGCUCAACUCAAUAUUGCGCGAUGAAAGAGAGUAUCUAGUGGCGGCCAUUUUUAAUUCAAUUGCACAUAGGUUUGGAGAAAUAUUUAGGAAGAGGUAUGCAGAGGUGGACAAUUCAAAGAUAACAUUCAUUCCCGUAGCCAAGGCGAUCUUGAGGGAAAACAUGAUCGAGGGGGACAAAUUAUAUGUGAACAACAUAAACAGAAGCACCGAUGAAUGCACCGUACUUGGUUAUGGUCGUUGCGCCAACAUUAAUCUUUCGAGAUGGUCAUGUUCUUGCAGAAAGUACGACUUGAUGAAAUUGCCAUACGCUCAUGUAAUGGCAGCGUUGCGUUCGAAGCACGGAGACGAAUACGACACUAGCAUUUACAACUACUCUUCGUAA